AUGGCUAUGCUACGUGUGAGCCGCUCAUCUUUAUGGGCUGCUCGUCAAUCCGGCCCCUUCCUUCGUUCGCCAGCACGGUCGCGACAUAUCCGCUCCUUUGCCUCUGUGACCGACCUCAACACACUCCCCAAGCCCGGAGAGAAGCUACAUGGCUUCACAUUGCAGCGGACCAAACAUCUGCCCGAGUUAGAGCUCACCGCUCUUCAGCUUCAGCAUGACAAGACAGGGGCGGAGUAUUUGCACAUCGCAAGAGAUGAUGCCAACAAUGUUUUCUCCAUCGGCUUCAAGACCAAUCCUCCAGACCGGACGGGCGUGCCACAUAUCCUCGAACACACGACGUUGUGUGGUAGCAAAAAAUACCCCGUCCGCGAUCCAUUCUUUAAGAUGCUUCCUCGCUCCCUCUCAAAUUUCAUGAACGCCUUCACCUCUUCCGACCACACGACAUACCCCUUCGCUACCACGAACGCGCAAGACUUCCGAAAUCUCAUGUCCGUAUAUUUAGACGCCACUCUGAACCCGCUACUCAAAACACAAGACUUCCACCAGGAAGGGUGGCGCAUUGGACCCGAGAAUCCCCUUGCGGAGGUCGAAGGCGGCUCUGAAUCCGCCAAAAGUCCUUUGGUGUUUAAAGGUGUGGUGUACAAUGAGAUGAAAGGUCAAAUGUCCGAUUCAGGCUACCUCUAUUAUAUCCGCUUCCAUGAGCAGCUGUACCCGUCAUUGAACAACUCUGGAGGCGAUCCUCAGGCGAUUACCGAUCUAACAUAUGAGCAACUCCGGAAUUUCCAUGCGGAUCACUACCAUCCAAGCAACGCGAAAGUGUUCACAUAUGGCGACAUGCCAGUGACAGACCAUCUCCCAGGCAUUGGCCAGUUUCUGGAUUCGUUUGACAAGAUUGCAGUCGAUCACAAUAUUAAGCACCCUAUUUCGCUCGAUAGCCCCAAGGAAGUGACGAUCAAAGGACCAAUCGAGACUCUUGUCCCACUGGACCGGCAAUACAAGACAUCUAUUACUUGGCUCAUGGGGGACACUUCCGACGUUGUGGAAAACUUCUCCUUGAGUAUUCUCUCUUCGCUGUUGAUGGAUGGUUAUGGCUCGCCACUAUAUCAGUCUCUGAUCGAAAGUGGCUUGGGUCUCGACUUCUCUCCAAAUACAGGAUACAGUGCGUCAACUAGGAGGGGCGUAUUCUCCGUCGGUGUGACCGGUGUUCGGAAAGAAGACACUCCAAAGGUCAAGGAGACCAUCCAAAAAGUGUUUGCGGACAGUCAAGCGAACGGUUUCAACGACGUGAAGGUGCAAGGCAUCUUACACCAGUUGGAACUUGGACUUAAACAUAAGACGGCGCACUUCGGCAUGGGACUGGUACAGCGCUUGAAGCCAUCGUGGUUCAACGGAAUUGAUCCAUUCGACGCUUUGGCCUGGACGGAGGUGGUCGAUGCUUUCAAGCAGAGAUAUGAAGCAGGCGGUUAUUUUGAAAGCCUGAUUGAGAAAUAUCUUGUCAAUGAGCGGACUUUCACCUUCACUAUGGAACCCUCGGAGUCGUAUGCCCUGGAUCUCCAGGCAGAAGAGCAGGAAAGGCUAUCGACCAAGAUCGCCGAGGCGUCUAAGGAUGUCUCCUCCGCAGACGAGGCAUAUGCACGAUUGGCCGAGCGUGAGCUUGAGCUCGUUCGUGUUCAAGAAGAAGCAAGAAACCAGGAUCUAAGCUGUCUGCCCUCCGUUCACGUAAAAGACAUUCCAAGGCAAAAGGAGCGCAAUCCGGUCUCGGACUCGAACGUGGAGAAUGUCCGAGUGCAGUGGCGGCAGGCUCCCACCAAUGGCCUGACUUAUUUCCGUGCCAUCAAUGUCCUCGAGGGUCUUCCAUCGGAGCUCAGAUCCAUGCUUCCACUGUUCUCGGAUGCAAUCCUUCGGCUGGGGACGAAGAAAUUGACCAUGGAACAGCUGGAAGAGCAGAUCAAGCUCUAUACCGGAGGAAUCAAUUUUGGCUACCAUUCAACCACGUCCCCGCACAACCUUUCGCACUUUGAAGAGGGCUUCAGCGUCUCGGGGAUUGCCUUUGACCGAAACAUUCCCACCAUGUACGAGCUGAUCCGUACUUUGAUCACCGAGACCAACUUCGACGGACCCGAAGCCGAAUCCAAAAUUCGCGAGCUGUUGCAAACGGCCUCCAGCGGCGCAAUGGAUGCCAUCGCCAGCUCCGGGCACGCGUAUGCUCGGAGAUACGCUUUGGCGGGAUUGAGCCCGGCGGGCCAAAUCCGAGAAGAAACGUCCGGUCUGGCACAGGUGCAGCUGCUGACCGCUUUGUCCAUGCGCAACGCGUCCGAAGGUCUGAAUGAUGUGGUCGACAAACUCAAGCAAAUCCAAGCCUUCGCGCUUUCGAAAACACAGGGCUUGCGUUUAUCGAUCAACUGCGGCCCCGAAAGCGUCCAGGCGAACGAAAAGGCAUUGCAGCGAUUCAUGAGCGGCAUGUCAUCCCCCGCAGCCAGUUUCGAUCAGGUACAGCCCUGGAGCCCGCAAGAAGCGACGAAGAUUUUCUUCCCGCUACCAUAUCAGGUUCACUAUGCUGGCUACGCUGUUCCCUCCGUGCCGUACGUGGAUCCAUCCGGCGCAUCGCUUCAAAUACUCGCGCAGCUGCUUACCCACAAGCACCUCCAUCACGAAAUCCGAGAGAAGGGCGGUGCGUAUGGAGGCGGUGCGUUCUCGCAGGGCCUGGAAGGAGGCUUCGGCUACUACAGCUACCGUGACCCGAACCCGCUGAACACCAUCAAAAUCAUGGAGGAGGCGGGUGUCUGGGCCCGAGACCGCACCUGGACCGAGCGAGACAUCGAGGAAGCCAAGCUCAGCGUUUUCCAGUCCCUUGAUGCGCCGAAGAGCGUCAGCCAAGAGGGCAUGACCCGCUUCGUGUCAGGCAUCGACGAUGGGAUGGCGCAGAAGCGACGGGAACAGCUCCUCGAUGUCACGCCUCAGGACGUUACGGACGCCGCGGACCGUUUCUUGAUCCAAGGAGCGAAGCACGGCAGAUAUGCGUUGCUAGGGCCCAACCGAGACUGGAUCACCGAGACAGCUGGUUGGAAGUUCGAGAAGCUCGAACUCAAUCAGCUGGACUCCGCUUAA